AUGGAUAACUUCACAAAUGGGCAGUCGGGCCCAGGUCAGAGGAACAGGUUGAUAGGAUUGCUGGAAACAGAUGACAGCAUCCAGGAGGAUAAACCUGCAUCUAGUAAAAAGGAAGAAGGAUCAGGACAUGGAAGAAAAGGAGAGCCACGGCCCUUGGAGACACCUUAUCAGAAGGAGAGCAGUGACUUUCCUCCUAAAGUCAAGGUUAAUCUGAAUUAUCGGCCGGGACUCGUCAGCAACCAAAAGGACCCCAGUCGCUUUGACAGAGACAGGCUCUUCAGCGCAGUCUCAAGGGGCAGCCCCGAGGCCCUGGAUGGUUUGCUUGAGUAUUUAAGGAGGACCUCCAAAUUUCUCACCAAUUCUGAAUACACAGAUGCAAAGACUGGGAAGACCUGCUUAAUGAAAGCCCUGUUGAACUUAAAAAAUGGAAAGAAUGACACAAUCCCACUUUUGCUGGAAAUAGACCAAAAGACACAGAAUCCCAGGCCGCUUGUCAAUGUGGCGUGCUCUGAUUGUUACUACAGAGGCCAGACAGCACUCCAUAUCGCCAUAGAGAAAAGGAGCCUAGAUUUAGUAAGACUUCUGGUAGAGAAUGGAGCUGAUGUCCAUGCCAGAGCCCACGGUGAAUUCUUCAGGAAGACGAAAGAAGGAGUUUACUUUUAUUUUGGUGAACUUCCCCUUUCCUUGGCUGCGUGUACCAACCAGCUUGAGGUGGUGGAGUACCUUCUAAACAAUCCUCACCAGAAGGCCAGGCUCCAGGAGCAGGAUACGCAGGGCAACACAGUGCUCCAUGCCCUGGUGAUGAUUGCAGAUGACACCAAGGAGAACACCAAGUUUGUGAGCACGGUAUACGUGGAGAUCUUGAAGGCAGGCGUGAAGGUUGACCCAACAUGCAAACUGGAGGAGAUAGUGAAUUAUGAUGGAUUAAAUCCUUUGCAGCUUGCUGCCAAGACAGGCAAAGUGGAGAUCUUCAAGCACAUCAUCCAAAGAGAGAUCAAAGACCCGAGGUACAGGCACCUCUCGCGCAAGUUCACCGAGUGGACCUACGGGCCUAUCCACGUGUCUCUCUAUGACCUGUCCUCGAUAGACAGCUUUGAGGAGAACUCUGUGCUGGAGAUCCUGGCAUACAGCAGUGACACACCGAAUCGGUACAAGAUGGUAGUUUUGGAGCCACUGAACAAACUGCUCCAGCAAAAGUGGGAAACGUUUGCUUCCAAGAGAUUCUACUUCAGUUUUGUCUCAUAUUUGUCAUUCAUGAUCAUCUUCACAGCCAUUGCGUACUAUCAACCCUUACGGGUGAAGCCUUCAUUUCCAGUGGAAUUCACGGCUGGAGGCUUCCUGUGGGUCUCUGGACUGAUCAUUAUCUUGCUAGGAGGCAUUUAUCUAAUUUUUGCUCAGAGUCUCUACUUGAGGAGGAGACGCCAGUCCCUGAAGACUAUGUGUUCCGACAGCUGCAUUGAGAUCUUGAUCUUCAUCCAGGCUUUCUCCCUGCUGCUGUCAGCAGUCCUGUAUGGUGCAAGUUCCGAGAACUAUGUGGCAGUGAUGGUGCUCUCCCUGCUUUUGGGGUGGGUGAACAUGCUGUACUACACCCGGGGCUUUCAGCGCACCGGGAUCUACAGUGUCAUGAUACAGAAGACUAUUCUGAGGGAUCUGCUGCGUUUCCUCUUGGUAUAUAUGAUCUUCCUCUUCGGCUUUGCUGCAGCUCUGGUUACGCUGAUGGGGGAUGCUCCCUCGGUCUCUCAGAACAAGUCCCUUGCUCAGAUGGAGAGCGCUGGCAGCCACGCUAUGUAUGGCGGGCUGCUUAGCGUCUCCCUGGAGCUCUUCAAGAUCACCAUUGGGAUGGGCGACCUGGAUUUCCAGGAGCAUGCCAGAUUCAGAUACUUCGUCAUGUUCCUGCUGCUUCUCUUUGUGAUUCUCACUUACAUUCUUUUGCUCAACAUGCUGAUUGCGCUCAUGAGCGAGACCGUGACAGAUAUUUCGAGUUGCAGCAAAAGUGUCUGGAAGCUGCAGAGGGCUAUUGCUAUUCUAGAAAUAGAGAAGGCCUGGCUGUGGCGCCAAGGUGGGAAGAGGAGAUCUGGCUGCUUUGUGUCAGUGGGCCUCAAUAAGAAGGAUGAGAGAUGGUGUUUCAGAGUAGAGGAAAUCAAAUGGGCGAAUUGGGCAAAGGACGUGGGAGUUCUUAAGGAAGAUCCUGGAAACACCAGUGAUUCAGAAAUAAAUCCAGAAACUGCCUGCUGACAAAGGGCUGCUGUUUUCAUGUCUCCUGCUCUAGAGACGAGAUUGUGGAAGCGGAUGCCAGAGAAACAGCCGAGAUCAGAAGUUUCAGAGGAGCAGUCACUACUGCAGCCCCAGCUAUCAGCAACUGAGAUGAUGCCUCUAGAGGGACAAAGCAGAUAUCUUUAGCAGGUUUUCUGGAUUGCAGCCUUGCUUCCAACUUCAAAGGAUUGGUUCUUCCUGGAGUGGGUGGAAGAAUUGAAGGCAUUACCGGUAUUAAAGUGCA